CGGUGACGUGGUAGCGCUUCGGCCAACACUCGGUCGCUUUCUGGUCAUGCUCGGGCGGUGCGUUCGUACAUAGAGACAGGUGCUUCAGUUGCCAGUCUAUAAGAGCUAGCUUCACAUCCCACUGUCAGUCGACAUAUACUAUCUAUCUGUCUGUCACUUCCUGUCCAUCCAGACCACAGACAGCCAUACAGCACCCACACCAUCUUUCAAUAUGCAUCUCAAACUGAGCCUCUCUCUCCUGACUGCCACCGCCUGGCUUGCCACAGCAGGACCCAUCUCUCCGCGGCGAUUCGACAGCGGCAACUGCAACAACGCUGACCUGGGUUGCAACGUCCUGACGAGCUCGGGAUCUCUCAACACCCCCAUCGAGACGGCCCCAAUCAACAUAGCCACCAUUGACGGGCACGACUACUACGUCACCGGCUCCGAGGCCGAACGAAUGCAAAUCAUGACCGACCUGCUAGAUCUGCCCGCUGAGGAAUUUGCGGCGAAAUGGGCCAGCAAGUACCGCGGGCCCACUAUCGAUGACAUCUAGACGACCCCUUACAUAGCGAGCGCCGCCAGCACCCUUACCUACUUUAGCCAACAACAGCUACGCCUAAGCCUUGAUAUCUUUCGUUGGUGGCGUUGACGCUGUAAGGGAACUGGUGGUAGUGAAGAGCGGGGUGUAUCGUAGGGUCGAUGACAGGCUUGAUUGAUAUAUUCGCUCCACUUUAAGCGUGUUGAUUUGUGAUAGGUUAGGUACCAAUUUGGUGGGUUUGCUGUUGCGUGUUAGACCUGUAGCUGGGUAGUUUACAUGAUGAAUGAAAGCAUACCUUUGGCUUCAUUGAAGAUAUCAUCACCUAAUGUGCUAAAGGUACCUCUAUGUUAGAUUUCUUCAAAAGGACCAUUUCCAGUUGUUAAGAUAUAAAGUCUACCUAGGUACCCAAGCAGCCUGCAGUUCGGUUACAGUUAGACUUAGCUCAUGUUCCAACGAAAAAUUCACUAUUGCUUGCCUCUCAUCCAAUGAACGUCGUCUCGACCUUCCAGGUUUUGAGUCGGAUAUUUCGCUAUAAACGCCCAUGGAAAAUUAAAGGUGUAGGAGAUAUGCACCUAUUGUAGAGCAGGCAUCCAAUCAAAGUACCUAGGCAGGAUCAUCCGGCCGGUACACGACGCAAGUAUACUUCAGUAAGCCCACCU